AUGGCCUCAGUUUCUAAAAAGUGUGAGGACUCACAGUCUUUGCAAGCGGUAUCUCUGGUAGUUCCACCAUUUAUUGAAAAAGAUCCCGUCUUGUGGUUCAUGAUUUUAGAAGCUGAGUUUACUUCUAAGCAUGUCACUAGCGAUUCUGCAAAGUUUAAUCACCUGCUAACACGCCUGCCGACUGAUAUUACGUUAGCACUACGUGAUCUUAUCAUUACAUCUUGUCCUCCUGACCGCUAUAAUUCUCUCAAGAACGCAGUAAUAAGGCGUGUUACUCCCUCAUUGAAGUCCCGCCUGCAUAAACUUUUUACUGGUCUACAGCUAGGUUCUAGUAAGCCAUCCGCGCUAUUGCUAGAGAUGCGUGGUCUUCUUCAAGGACUGCAUAUGGACGAGUCGCUGCUUCGAGAGUUAUGGCUUCAGCGUUUGCCUGAAAACGUACAAGCUAUGCUAUCGCUUGCGAAAUCGCAGCCUUUGUCAGAAGUUGCAGAUAUUGCUGAUGAUAUGAUGGAUCGCUUCACCGGACCACUGUGUCCGUCGUUUUAG